UUUGUUUGCUCCACCUCUCCCUGGCCACGCACUUGCACACUUUUCUUCUUGCUCUUAACCUUUAAGACAUCUUGUACCCUUGUGUUUCACAGGGAAUCUGGUGCUAUGACAGGUGUAGCCCUCAAACUGGCCAGGGAAAAGGCCAUCCUAGAUGGUCUAGGAUCUAAUGGAAAUGCCGUGAAAUACUUGAAGCAGGAUUUUGAGACUCUGAGAAGGCAGUGUUUGCACUCUGGGACUCUCUUCAAAGAUGAAGAAUUUCCUGCUUGCCCCUCCACUCUUGGCUAUAGAGAUUUGGGACCUUAUUCUCCCAAAACUCAAGGGAUUAUUUGGAAACGACCCUCGGAGCUGGUCCCAAACCCCCAGUUCAUUGAGGGAGGAGCCACUCGUACAGAUAUUUGUCAGGGGGCACUGGGAGACUGUUGGCUUUUGGCAGCUAUUGCAUGUCUCACAUUAGAUCAAGAAAUUUUAGAGCGGGUUGUUCCCAAAGAUCAGAGUUUCCAGAAGGACUAUGCUGGGAUCUUUCAUUUCCAGUUCUGGCAGUAUGGAGAAUGGGUGGAUGUUGUUGUUGAUGACCGGCUCCCCACAAAAAAUGGACAACUACUGUUCUUGCACUCAGAAGAACACAAUGAGUUCUGGAGUGCCUUACUGGAGAAGGCCUAUGCCAAAUUGAAUGGUUCUUAUGAGGCUUUAACUGGUGGAUCUACUAUAGAAGGUUUUGAAGAUUUUACUGGUGGUAUCUGUGAAUCUUAUGACCUGAGGAAAGCUCCCCCUAAACUGUAUCAAAUAAUGCAAAAGGCCCUGCAAGCUGGUUCAUUGUUGGGCUGCUCCAUUGAUAUUACCAGUGCAUAUGAAACAGAAGAAAUAACAAGUCAGAAGCUGGUCAAAGGCCAUGCUUACUCUGUUACUGGAGCAGAAGAGGUUACCUACCGUGGCCAGCUGGUGGAACUAGUCAGGAUCAGAAAUCCAUGGGGUGAAGUGGAAUGGACAGGAGCCUGGAGUGAUAAUGCCCCAGAAUGGAAGUCUAUUGACCCUAAGCAAAAGAAUGCUCUGGAUAAGCAAGCAGAUGAUGGUGAAUUUUGGAUGUCUUUCUCAGAUUUUCAAAAGCAGUUUACAAGACUUGAGAUCUGCAACUUGUCCCCUGACACUCUGACCUGCAAUCACAUUCAUAAGUGGAACAUGACCCUGUUCAGUGGAAACUGGCAACGUGGUUCUACAGCUGGAGGCUGCCAAAAUUAUCCAGCAACAUACUGGACCAACCCCCAAUUUAAAAUCAAGCUGGAAGAGCCGGAUGAUGAUCAGGAAGGAAGUGCAAGUGAGCCCUGUUGCACGGUGUUAGUAGGUUUGAUGCAGAAAAAUCGCAGGCGACAGAAGAGGAUGGGGGAAGGGUUGCUUAGCAUCGGCUACUCCCUUUAUCAGGUGCCCAAAGAGUUAGGAAAUCAAACUGAGGUUCACCUAAGCAGAGAGUUCUUCUCAACAAAUAGACCUGUAGCUCACGCAGACCCAUAUGUCAACUUGCGUGAAGUAUCAAAUCGCUUCCACCUGCCACAGGGAGAAUAUCUUAUUGUGCCAUCCACCUUUCAGCCUUUCAAAGAUGGACAGUUCUGCCUUAGGAUCUUUUCUGAGAAACAGGCUAAAGCUCAAGAAAUUGGGGACACUGUCACUGCUAAUCCAUAUGAGCCUCAUGUCACAGGCAAGGAUAUAGACAACGAAUUCAAAAGUCUGUUCCAACAGCUUUCUGGGGAGGAUUGUGAAAUGACUGCAAAUGAACUUCAGACUGUUUUGAAUAGAGUCAUAACAAAAAGAAUAGACAUUAAAAGUGAUGGAUUCGACAUAAACACCUGCAGGGAGAUGAUCAGUCUCUUAGAUAACCAUGGAACUGGUACCUUGGGACUUGUAGAAUUCAAGAUCCUUUGGAUGAAGAUUCAGAAAUAUCUGGAAAUCUAUAAAAAAGUGGAUACUGACUGUUCUGGAACCAUAGAUGCACAUGAAAUGAGAAAAGCUCUCAAGGAAGCAGGCUUCACUCUCAACAACAAAGUCCAGCAAAGUAUAGCUAUUCGCUAUGCCUGUAGCAAGCUGACCAUUGAUUUUGAUGGCUUUGUGGCCUGUAUGAUUCGCCUAGAAUGCCUGUUCAAAAUGUUUCAGAUGCUAGAUAAAGAUAAGUGUGGAACAGUUCAGCUUUCUUUGGCAGAGUGGCUAUGUUGUGCAUUGGUUUAAAGCGUUAUUUUUGGCAUUCAUUUGGGGACUGGACAACUUACCAUUCAACCAAGAAGUUUCUGGGAAAGAGUUGAUUCCAUAACAUUCUAAAACAUGAGGAAGAAAAGUAAUUUCUAUGCCAGGCUCUAAUGUAUAAUUUAAAAUGAUCAGAAAAUAAACAAGUAUGCAUGGAAACAAUAAAUACUGUACAUAGCAAGCAUAGCCACAUAAGCAGCUUUGAUUUAGUGAAUUACGUGUGUUAUGAAGUCUAAGAUUCAAAACUGUGAUUAAAACUGAAUUCAGUUCUAA